AUGCUCGUCGGCGAGAUCCGUAUUCUCGUCGUGACACCUUCAGAGGACCGCGAGGCACCAGUCAUCGCCCAUCUGGCCCAUUGCCCGAUGGUGUGCGAAGUGUCCUACCACGCUUUGUCGUAUACCUGGGGCAACGCCGGGGAUACAGUCGAGAUCGUUGUCAACGGCCAUAGGAUGCAGGUCCGGCGGAACCUAGAGCAGGCUUUGCGUACCAUACGGAGCAAGGAAGUGUCAAUGCCCAUCUGGGUCGAUGCCUUGUGCAUCGACCAACUAAACGUUGCCGAGCGGACUAGACAGGUUGCACGCAUGUUUGACAUCUAUGACCGCGCAUCCCAAGUCAUCUGCUACGUCGGCGAGCACAGCGACGAGACCGAUAUGGCGCUGGACUUUGUUAAGCCAAUGGACCAGCUCAAGAUUGAGAUGAAUAAGAAGGGUGAGUACAAUAUCGGGAAAGAGGGGAACAAGAUUGGCCCGGAUCUCUAUCCUGCGCGUUGUGCAGCUUUGUACAAGUUCAUGUGCCGUCCGUACUUCAGACGAGUCUGGGUCGUCCAAGAAGUCGCCAUCUCGUCAGAUCCCGCAGUGAUAGUCGACAACCGCAAAGCCGUCGCUUUCGGGUCCCUCGACGCCGCCGCGUACAACUUGCAAGCCAUGAUUGCUUUCAACCCCGUCCUCAGGACGCAGAUGAUGAGCGCAGACCCGCAGCUACACCAGUUCGGUCUAUCGUACGACGAGCUCAUCUUUAUCCGUAAACUUUUCUACUUUAGGCACCUGAUGGCCGGAGGAGAACUCUACUCCCCGUUCAUCUCACCCACCGUCCGGAAGGACAGCCCUGGCUUUCUCGAGGCCGCCAUUCUCACACGAGACUUCCAGGCAACCGACGGCAGAGACAAGAUCUUUGCUCUGUGGAAUUUGGCGCAGGAUAAGGAGGGGCUCGACUUCAAGCUGGAUUAUAACAAAAGCCGCCAACAAGUCUUUGUUGACUUCGCAACAGCUUGGUCAAGACAGCACGGAAGUCUCGAUAUCAUCGCCGCCUCUGAGCCAUGGCACAACGUCGAUGACUUCUACAGUCUCGUGCCGUCGUGGUGUCCCGACUGGACCGUCCCAGCAGCCACAAGCUGCCUCGUCCGCCGAGAGAGGAUCUCCAUGAGGUCCAUGAGGCUGAUGGACGACUUGGACGGCGAGCUUUACUCCGCCGAUGGAGGAAUUGGACAGCUUCGCGACUUUGAAGAACUCUUUAGCUUCAACAAGGGCAUUCUCAACUGUCGCGGCAUUGUCAUAGACGAGAUUGAUGAAAUCAUCGAAGACCCAGGGAGAAUCCCCUCAGGACACGUAUUCCAUCCACCCGAUCCAGACGCCUUCUACAAGUUCCAAGAGUGGACAGCAGCCAUACCAAAGAUCUAUAAAGACCGCGGAGCCAACCCGUACGAUGAUCCUCGGCAAGCAGCCAUCGCCAUGUUUCACGGCGACGUGACCUCGGCCUGGAAUCGCCGCGGACAGAUCCCGGAAAAGCUGGAAGCCCUUGGUGCUCGCUUCAAUAAGACCAAGGAGCAGAACGCGUGGCAUCACUACGACUGCAUUACUGCAAGGUCGCGCCAUAUUCCGACGCACAAGGGGCCUUUCAGCUAUGAAGGGCGUCCGUGGUUUGAUAUUGUACAGUCUGUGCUUCGAGGAAGGACGCUCUGUAUCACGAAAAAGGGGUACAUGGCCCUCUUGCCUUCUUACAUCUCCGAAAAGACUUUCGACAAGUCAUGGCUUUUGGCUGUAAUAGCGACGUGUUCUGUGCCAGUAUUGCUGCAAGAGGUCGACAGUGUAGAUGGGAAGACUGUGUACAGGUUUGGUGGCACCUGCUUCGUCCAGGGAUGGAUGGAAGGGGAAAUGCUGAUGAGACCCGAAGACUCGGCAUCGCCGGCUGGGUUCUGGUUCACGGACGAGGCAAGGAGGAGUACGUUGCAUAUUCGUUGA